UUCCAUUAGAGCAGGUUGCUCCAAGCCCCGUCCAACCUGGCCUUGAACACUGCCAGGGAUGGGGCAGCCACAGCUUCUCCCUUCAACCCAUUCCAGCGUCCCACCACCCUCCCAGGGAAGAACUUCCUUAUAUCCAACCUAAAUCCCCCGUUUCAGUUUGAACCCAUCAGCCCUUCACCUAUCACUGUAGUCCCUGAAGAAGGUCCCUCUCUAGCAUCCUUGUAGCCCCCUUCAGACACUGGAAGCUGCUCUGAGGUCCCCACGCAGAUUCUCUUCUCCAGGCUGAACAAUGUUCUCUUUCGGCAUCCCCUUGUUUCGGUGCUUCCCCUCCCUCAUUGACAUGGGGAGCAACCAGUUCCUGGAGCAAGAAAUUGCUGCCUGGGCGUGCUGUGUGGCCUUGCACAAUUCCCGAGGUUAUCACCCCAAAGGGAAUGGGAGGGUGUCACAAAUCUGAGCUCAGGGAGGGUAUAAAAGAGCCCUCCCCUGCACCGUGGCAUCACUGCUCCUCCUGCUCCAUCCCGUGCAGCACUGCCCGUAGACAUCAGCCCCAGGUAAGUAGGUCCGUGCCUAUGGCGGCUCCAGUACCCAUGCUGCUGGGGGUGCCGCUGGGAUGAGUGGGCUCUGAUGGGGUUUGAUGUUUUGCUGUCUUUCUCUUCCUAGCAAGAUGAAAACCGACCUGGAGCUCGCCUUGGAGUGCGCCAUCAACAUCUACCACCAGUAUGCCAUCAAGAACCCCAUCGAUGACUACCUGGACAAGCCGGAGUUCUCCCAGCUGCUGACGGAGACUGCCAAGCCCUUCCUCCAGAACACCAAACCGGUAAGAGCCAAGCACAGGCCAGGCUUCAGGUCUUCAAAGUGGCCUCCUUGGGGCAUGGGGGUGGCUGGGAGCUCCCAAAGCUCUUUUGCCCGUAGGGUUUUCCUGACUCUGUCCAUGUUUGUCACGCUGCAGCCCAAUGUGUCCGUUGAUGAGUACAUCAGCAACCUCUUUGCCAAAGCAGACCGCAACCGCGACGGUCGCCUCAAGUUCACCGAGUUCCUGACCACGCUGAAUCUUGUCGUCAUUGAUGCCCACAAUAGGUCCCAUGGGAGACACGACCACCAUCACGGUGCCGGCCAUGGCCAUGACCACGGGCAUGAUCAUGGCCAUGACCACGGCCACGGUCCCAGAAAGUGAAGUGCUUCCCAUGUCUGAGCCCAUGGGAUUAUGCUUUUCCAGCAGCAUUAUCCCUUCCAUUUGCCCUCCAGCACAGGCAAACCUGUAACCAAAGCUUUAUCGUUUGCUUCUACCUAUGGCAUUGAAAUAAAAUGUCUUUCUUCAAGCACCAAACGCAUCUGUAUUAUGUGUCUUAUCUCCAGGAAGGAUGUAACACGUAUCAAAGAGUUCAAUCUGAGGGGUUUAAUGCAGGUUGAACUGAAGAAGCAAUGGGAAUGGGAAGGGAAGGUGGCCUGGAGGGAUCCCAGCCUCCAGGACAACAGCACUGCUGGGUUCCAAUGAGCUGCACAGGGUCCCUGUCCUAAAGCAUGUCACAACCCCAAUGUGUUCCCACUGCCUUUGUGAAGCUCAGCAAGGUCCCUACGCAGAGUGGUUGGCCCCAGCACCCUUAGCCUCAGCGGACAGUGGGGUGCUUAGGACCCCAUCACAGUGGAAGC